AUGUUCCAACGGACAGUUCUCAGGCAACGUCGUGCGGUGCAGUCUGCACUGUCCGUUCGUGCCAUAUCGUCGCCGCGUCUGUCGGCUAGACGAACGUCACCUCUCCAGCAGCUUUCUCAGUCUCUCAGGCAAUCUCCCUUCCGGCCAGUACCUCGCUACUACUCUACGGAGAACGGGGCCAACAAGGAAGAGCCGAAGAAGGAGGAAGAGAAAAAGGAAGAGGAGAAGAAGGAAGAGGAGAAGAAAACCGAAAAUGAGGGUGCAGCAGCCCCCGAAGGAAACGGCGAAACAGAAGCUGCUGCUGAAUCAACCGAGGAUCGGUUGAAAAAGGAGCUGGAAGUGAAGAACCUGGAGAUUAUCGAUUUGAAGGACAAACUCCUGCGCUCCGUAGCCGAGUUCCGGAAUUUGCAAGAGCGCACGAAGCGGGACAUGGAAGCCGCACGUACUUUUGCGAUCCAGCGUUUCGCUACCGAUCUUCUGGAGACCAUUGACAACUUUGAGCGCGCUCUGUCUUCUGUUCCUGCCGAGAAGCUCAGUGCUGCCGAGGCGGAGGGCAACAAGGAACUGAACGAUCUUUAUCAGGGUCUGAAGAUGACGGAAAGCGUCCUUAUGAGCACGUUGAAAAAACACGGCCUGGAGAGGUUCGAUCCCGGUGAGCCCACUGAGGAUGGCAAGCCUCAGAAAUUCGAUCCGAACCUUCAUGAAGCUACUUUCAUGGCCAAAGCCGAGGACAAGGAAGACGGCGACAUCAUGUAUGUUCAGAGCAAGGGAUUUAGCCUGCAUGGGAGAGUUUUGAGGGCCGCCAAGGUUGGUGUUGUGAAGAACGCAUAA